AGCCACAAUACUGUCCAUCCUGCGCGACGAACCCAAUUGUCUUUUUGAAUAAAAGCUUACUUUUACACUCUGAUUUAGUUACUGAAGAUUAAUUACGUUAAGCUAUGAGGGAAAUCGUUACCAUCCAGGUUGGGGGCUAUGCGAACUUCAUCGGUUCUCAUUUUUGGAAUUUUCAGGAUGAAUUGCUUGGUUUGGCUGAUACUUCUGAGACUAAUCCAGCAUUCAAGAAUCAUGGUCUUAAUAUGGAUGUUCUCUAUCGAACUGGUGAAACACAGCAGGGCAUUUUAACAUACACCCCUCGCCUGGUUUCAGUAGAUUUUCAAGGCUCACUUGGAUCGAUGAGUUCACGUGGAACCUUAUACAACGAGGCUCCUUCUAGACCAAUGGAUGUUGUCUCAUGGAGUGGAAAAGUUACAACUCAGGCUUCCGCGCCUCUAAAGAAAAACCUGUUCCUUCAGAGUUUAUAUCAAGAAGAGCAGGAAAAGAUGGAUACAGUGAACGGAUUUGACUCAGGGAAGAAUGAAUCUCAGAAUGAAAUCCAGGACAAGGACAUUGUUGAAUGUCUAGAAAAUGGUGUUCAAUAUUGGACAGACUUUUCGAAAGUUCACUAUCAUCCACAGAGCUUAUAUGAACUAAAUGGGCUGUGGAUGGAUGGUGAAGGGUUUGACAACUAUGGAAUUGGAAGGGAUGCAUUUGUUGGGGCCCGACAUGGAGAAGAAAUAAAUGACAGGCUUCGUUUUUUCAUUGAAGAGUGUGACCAUAUUCAGGGAAUCCAAUUUGUUGUUGAUGACUCUGGAGGGUUUUCUGGUGUAGCUGCAGAGUUUCUGGAGAACAUUGCAGAUGAUUACGCCAACAUCCCUGUAUUACUAUAUUCAGCCCGCAAUCCUCGCUUGCACAUGACCACCAAAAGUCAGAAGCAGUCAAUCUCUAGUAGUCUUCAUGAUGCAAUUUCAUUUUCAAGAUUAUCAACCUUCUGUAAACUGAUCGUCCCUGUUGGACUACCCUCCCUGAGUAAAAGUAAAGCUUCCAGGUAUCUUUGCAUAGACGAUGAGAAGCCUUACCAUUCCAGUGCAGUUUAUGCCUCUGGCAUGCACUCCAUCAGCCUCCCUUUUCGAAUGGAACCUAUUGGGCCCACUACAGAUCUGACCUGUGCGUCUGGUGCACUGGAUAUGAACGAGGUCAUACAUAUGUUAGCUGGACAAGCAAGACAGAAUAUGGUCACUAUUUUGGAUGUCGCUAUGCCAGCACCUUCUUUGAUUGGGAACCAACUUGAGCAAUCCUUGCUUGAAAAUUUGGAACCUUUGACGCCUGAGAUAGCUGAAAAUGUUGAGGACUUGCAAGCAGUGGAGGCCAUGUCAGUUCAUGGAGUACUUGGGGCAGGAGUGCACGAAGCCACAGUUUCUGAGGUGAAAAGUGCUGUUCAGAAUGCUUAUGAAAAGGCACUGCAAAGACCCAGAUUCUCACAGUUGUCUGUGUCUCGAUGCCCUCUUCCCAUUCCUCUGCCUUUUCCCUCAAUCUUUGGAAACCUUGUUGGUCAACAUGGCGAGCUGUUGGGAACCCCAAUUUUAGGUUCUCCAUCAAGGGGAUCCCUUGAUGUCCAUUCCAUUCCCAUGGCAGCAAGAUUACGUUCCAGCAGCGCUAUUUUGCCAUUUCUGGAAAGUAGAUUGCACAAUCUUCAAAGGUUUGGUAUUCAGCGAGGAGCGCUCGGAGCCGGACUUCUUAGAAGUUGGGGUUUUGGCAAGGAGGAAUUGGUAGAUGCUGGAGAGGCACUGUCUAAUAUGGUCAGGACUUUGAGUCCCUAUUCUGAAGAAUCAUCCGAGUCAGAUUAAGUGGCUUAGGAUUUUCAGGCCCUUUGUGAAUGUUUCUCUAGUUUGUGAAGUUAAAUAGAUUUUCUUCACUGCUUUCACAAUUUGAACUUGUUUUAAGUUCAUUGCCCAAAAGGAGGAAGCAAAAAAAAAAAAAAAAGGGAUUUCUAGGUUACCGCUUGUUUUAUGAAAUCUUGAGUUGAUCAUUAGCCAAAUCUUUAGCAGACUAGGAAAAACAGUAGCCUCAAGUAUCAACUGGCGUGAAGUGGUAUUGACUGUUUAACCUUUGAGGUGGUUGAACCAAUGCAGAAAUUAGGUUUCCAUGUGCUUACUUUCGUGAACAA